AUGUACAACGCUCAUCGCGGCAUGGUGCCUGCCCCCAACUCCCGUCUGACGGAGCUAUUGGAUCAACUGCGCCAGGAGUUCGAAAGCCAGUCGCGCAACACCGGUGAAUUCGAACAUCAGUUGACUGGUCAACUCCAAGAGAUGGAGAUGAUCCGUCAAAAGGUCUAUCAAUUGGAACAGGCUCAGAUCAAGAUCAAGCAAGACUACGAAGCCGAAAUCCGAAUGCUGCGACACGAACUUGAGUCGCGCGGCGUGCAAACCAUCCCUUCCCACAUCGGCGGACCCGCUGCGGCUCACACGGCUCCUUCUCAGGCUCCUCCACCCGCAUUGGGCCACGGUCCCAGCAAUCUGUUUGGUGGUAUCAUGACCAACGCUCCAGGUAGUGGCCCCGGUCUUGCCCCUCCCCCUCCCCAGGAUCAGCAGCCUCCCCAGCAUGCCCUUCAACAGCCUGCUUCGGUCGCCCAACCCGGCGCGCCGCAACCGCCGCAGAGCUCCUUUGGAGGAUAUCAAGCUGGCGCUGCUGUGAACGGCUACGGACCGCCUCCACCUCCCACUGCCUCCCCGGGGCCCGGCAAGGGCCGUGGUCGUGUUCCUCCGGGCCCGGCUACCCCCCAGCAAACCCACAUUGCUUACCCGGAUCCUCGCGCGUCGCCUCAAAUCCCCCGCCCUACCCCUCCGAACCCUCCUAUCGGCGGCGGCCGCACAGCCGAACGCCCGGGAAACAUGUUGGCCAACUGGAACCCAGAUGAUUUGCCUCCUUCGCAAAAGCGGGAGGGCUCUGACUGGUACGCGGUGUUCAACCCCGAGGUCCAGCGUGUCCUUGAUGUGGAACUGGUGCAUCAUUUGAACCAUGACAGUGUGGUUUGCUGUGUGCGCUUCAGCCGCGAUGGCAAAUAUCUAGCUACGGGCUGCAACCGCUCAGCUCAAAUCUUCGACGUCACUACUGGCCAGAACGUGGCUACUCUCCAGGACGAAAAUGUGGACAAAGACGGCGAUCUUUACAUUCGCAGUGUUUGUUUCAGUCCAGAUGGCAAGUACCUUGCGACUGGUGCCGAGGAUAAGCAGAUUCGAGUUUGGGAUAUCAACCAGCGCACCAUCAAGCAUAUUUUCAGUGGACACGAGCAGGAUAUCUACUCCUUGGACUUUGCGGGCAACGGCCGCUUCAUCGCUUCCGGAAGUGGAGAUAAGACCGUGCGCCUGUGGGAUAUUCUCGAUGGCAAACUUGUCUACACUCUUAGCAUUGAGGAUGGUGUCACUACUGUGGCCAUGUCUCCGGACGGCCGUUACGUGGCUGCUGGUUCAUUGGACAAGAGCGUGCGCGUCUGGGAUACGACCACUGGAUACCUGGUGGAGCGUCUGGAGAACCCCGAUGGCCACAAGGACAGCGUGUAUUCAGUUGCAUUCGCGCCCAACGGCCGUGACCUUGUCAGUGGCAGUCUGGACAAGACGAUCAAGCUCUGGGAGCUUACCGUCCCCGAGGCAUGCACCCUCACAGUGCCGUCAAGGGUGGCAAGUGCAUUCGACUUUGUUCUCAGCGUUUGUCUGACACCUGACGGUGCUUGGGUGAUGAGUGGUUCUAAAGACCGCGGUGUGCAGUUCUGGGAUCCAGUGACUGGAAAUGCCCAGAUGAUGCUCCAGGGUCACAAGAACUCCGUCAUCUCGGUUGCGCCCAGCCCCACUGGCAACCUGUUCGCGACUGGUAGUGGAGACAUGCGUGCACGAAUCUGGAGAUACUCACCGUACACUGGACGAUGA